AUGGCUGUCGACACUUUUGCGUCGACCUCAGCCCCUCCCUCUAUCCCGCGCCAAUCCUCAGAGACCAACGGCCAGGUCUCUCCCGAAACCGCCUCGCCGAAUGUUUCCCCCCCCAGUGCCGCUACCAUCUCUGCAGGAAAUCCCCCGUACUCCCCGGUCACCCCCGCCACGAUUGGCACCCCCGAUCCGGAUGCUGAGCCUCCGCUCGCCACCUCUUCCGACGAUCACCUCCCCUUCAACCCAGACGAGGACGAAGCCAAGAAGGUGAACGCCCAGUACGAUGCGGACACCGCCGGCGUCGAGUUUGUUGUUCUCAACGACGAUGUUCUUACUAGCGUGUCAAACGCCACACUUGUCUUGCUGGACGGUUCUGAUUUGGAGAGGCUCGCCGUCCUCUUCCAGUUCCCGCAGUUUCUAGAGCAUUGCCCAGACGAUACCUUGUCGCUCAUGGUCCCGGAGAUCUGUCGCGACGCAGUGCGUUGGAAGGAAGAGGUCCAGAUGGCUGCAGCAGAGGCUUUAUACUUUGUUGUUGGCAUGCGCGUUCCAGAGUCUGUCGCAAAGAGAAUCGUCAUCGCCGCCUUGCGAAUCAUUCAAAUGAGCGAGAGCGGUGAUGUCUUUGACGCCUGGGGAGAGAUUCUUUCCAUGAUGCUUCCGCAAGUUAAGCGAGAGGACGUUUUGCAACUUGUCGUCCCGGCCACUGUCGAUCGCGCUUCGAGUCCCACGGUCGAGUCCCGUCGUCUUGCCGCAAGGAUCAUUGGUUCUCUAAAUGACGCUCUGACCGCCAAAGAGCUCGAGGAUCAGUUCCUCGGUCAAGCCCUGCGUCUAUGUGAUGACCAGGACCCCUCCGUACGCGCUAUGAUCGCCCAGUCUCUGGCUACCGUCGGUUCUAAGCUUCCGCUGCGCAUAUCGGAGAAGCAGCUCUGGCCAAAGCUUGACGCGCUUAUGCGCGAUGAAAACGCUCGCGUCCGCGCAGCCGCCAUGCGUGCCGUUGCUAAAUCUGCUGAGGCCCACAAAGUCGAGUCGAAGGUGUCACCCAGUUUUUCAACCAUGUUACUUCCGACGUUUUUACAUGAGUGUGCUAAUGCUAGCAGCGUUGCUUCGUCAGAUCUCCGCACGGUUGACGAUGAUACAUACUUGAUGCUGGAGAUUUUUUCGGAGGUGUAUGGCUAUUUUUUGGUUGCUGUUCAUCCUCUCUUCACGAACGAGGAAACUUGGAACAUCGCGCUUAACGCUUUGCGCCGCAUGGUCACUUGUAAUGGACCUACUGUGCGCCACUGGUGUGCUUUUAAUGUGCCCGCCGUCGCUUUUGUGUGCGGCGAAAAGCGGUUUGAGAAGAUUCGAGGCGUUGUUCAUGCGUUAUCUGCAGACACUGACGUAGAAACCAGAGCGACGUUGGCAGCUGGAAUUCACGAAACUGCGCGUCUGCUCGGCAAUGGCGAGCUGAGGGAGGAAACCUUGACUGCGAUUGCCAACUUGAUGACCGAUCAAAACCCGCAGGUGCGAAUGAAUUCACUGGCGUACUUUGCGCGCGUGCUCACGAUGCUUGCCUCGGGUUCCAAGGAAACUGGACGAAGUAACCCCAACUCGAAGGAUUCCCCAGCGCGAGAACUUUCCCCGGUUUUCGAAUCGCUUGAGACGAUGUCACAUGACUCGUGGAGAACGCAGGAGCUGCUCGCCAAGCAAAUUGAUGAGUGCGCCAACAAAAUUCCACAGGAUAUGCUGUGUGAGCAUGUCGCGCCUCUUCUUUUCCAAAUGGCUCGAGAAUCAACUUACUUGGUGAGGAGAGCAUCCAUAUCGGCGCUAGUUUCCGUGGUCCGGUACAUCCCUGAUGUAAGGAGAAGAGACCACAUUUUAAAACACUUCCGGUCGGAAUGGGCUCGAGGCAAGGUAUAUUGGACGCGGCUGGCUUAUAUUGAUGGCAGCACAGUCGCGCUGAAGAUUAUGAGCCAUAGGCUCUUCACUCACCUGUUUGCAUCGGAGCUCUUGUCACUCUCCCGGGAUAGAGUACCAAACGUCAGGCUUCGUUUGGCACGUCUCAUGCCCGAAAUUGCAGUUGCUUGUGGGUCAAAAUCUGCUUUCAAGACAGCUAUGGACUCUUUGUUGGCUGACGCAGACGAGGAGAUUAAGCACGAAGCCGAGAUGGCUCGCGAUAAGAUUGCAAAGAUGCCGUCUCCGACGGCCGAGGCGCAAACAGAAAAUGAAAAGAAGGAGGCAGCAGAACGCAAGUUUUUCAUACAACGACAAAAGAAGAAAACCAACAGUGCGGCGAAAGAUGGAAAUUCAGAUGGGGAUCAGAACAAGAACCCUGAAUUUAAGGGACCUAUGCGUCGGAAUGCGUCUUUCACGAACAGUCCCGAUGGUGCGUCUGGAGCGAAACAGACAGUGGUCACUCACAGCGUUUUGGGUGCUGCUGGUGUGGCUCCGAAUGAAUCCAUUCCAUCGGCAAAUCACCUGGCUGUGGGGGCUGUGCCUCCGGUAGGGGGACGUGAAGAUAACGAACGGUUAGGCGCAAAGGGGAGCGAAAAACCCCGAGGAGAAAAAGGGCGGAAGGAGAAGGGCGGUAAGAGGGAUCGCCCUACGUCAAGUAGGAAAAGGGGCUCGUUGUUCAGAAAAUGCUUUGGGUAGAAAGGAGAUAGCGAGCAGAUUGCAACUGGUUGGGUGCGGCAACGGCUAUCUUCGACAACAGAGUUUUGGGGUCCGUCCAUCCGAGACAGUUUAUUGCUUCUUGCAGUCGUAGGGAAAGGUUUGGAGAGUGUACAGAGGUAUUGCGCAAGUAACAGCAUUUGUGGAUGAUGUUCGGGGGGUUUGUCCCAUUGGUGGCCAACGUAUGGCCUUGUGGAGCAUGUUUUUGUAUAUUGGUGGUUAGCUCCGUUGUGGGACUCUCGUUUUUGUGUUUAUGCGUGAUACGGCUGUGCUCGGACCGAAGUUGGCAACCCCCAUUCAGCAAAGCUCUACUUUCGUCUAGUUGUCGGACAUGCUGUUUAAACCAAUUUGGAAGAAGCCUAUUCGGGAUAUGGUGAGCAUCAUGUCCUAAGUUUUCGUGUUAAGGUGGCGUAAACAUGUAAAGCCAGACUCUGAUCAAUUCCAAACAGAGUACUGUAAUGCCAUGCUUUUAUCUGAGGCAGUUUGUACA